AUGAGGUUGUUCACUGCUAAGGGUUCAGCCAGCUCUUUGCCGCAGCCUUUUCCCGCAGAGAGCGGAGUUUUCAUACUUUCUGAGCGAUAUUCUAUCAGUCGAAUGAAGCAAGUCAAUGUAUUUUUGUUUCUGGCUGCCUCCACCAUAGUGGAAGCGGCCAAAGUUCAUACGCUGGACUCUGCCAUUCGUUCUAUCUACGUUGGUGCAGGGGGCCAGUCGGAGGUCUCCUACCGGCCUUCAGAAGAGGACAUCCAGUAUGUCCUAAGCCAUGCCCGCGAAGGGGGCGAUGGCUUGAGCCGCAUCGAAGUCAGUCGAAUCCGGGCCAAAGAUCCGGUGACCGGGGAAGAGUUCGAUGACGUCUUCGUGAACGAGUCCUUUGCUGAGGGAAGGAGCAUUUGCCAAGACGAGAGCGAGAACUUCACGCCUUCCGUGGCCGUGCUUGAGACGGCUCGGCGCUUGCGGGACAGUGAGCACGGCCUGCUGCUCGCUGCGGCAGUGUCCGCCUACGUGGACCUGGCAGAGUACUUUGGCCAGGAGAUCUACCACAUGGAGGCGCCAGUGGGCUCCGAGGAGCCCAUGGCCGAGCCGCAGAAGACGCUGGUGGAGCGGCUCUCCCAGGAUUGGUCCGAGCAGCUGAACGCGGUGCUGGCGGGCUCUGGCAGGACUCCUUGCCCCAACACCGCCGAAUGGUUGCUCUUCUGCAUGAAGAAGACGACGUGCCUCUUGGAGAGGGCGGCGGAAGGAGACCCUCACGGCAUCACCCCUGGGCGCAUGGCCACCUAUCUCGAAGUGGCCAAGGAGGUGGAGGACCACUUCGAGGAGUUCGCUAUCCAGGCGCAGAUGGGGCUGCCGCACAUGCCGGAUCUCUGUGAAGGGGAGGAGCAGAGCACAGAGAUGCCCGCGGUCCUCAUGCAGCUCAAGGCGGAGAGCGGUGCGGGGCAGCGCCUGGGCCGAGCAGUGGGCGCGGUGGUCCACACCCUGCGGGCGUCGCAGAGGACGGCGCAGGCCUUGGAGGACCACUCCAGGCUUCAUCUCCUGGAGUCCUCCUUCUUCACGCACACCUGGAAGAAGGCGUGCGAGCUGAUCGGGUGUAAAACCAGCUCCUUUGUGGACAUCAUGGAUGCGUCGGCCGGGCACACAGCGGAGCUGGUGGACGUGAACGCAUCCUGGCACGCAGUGAAGACUCAUCAUGUCGCCUUCAUGCAGUUCAGGACCUCGGUGUGGAAGGCCAUGAACGCCAGCAACGCCUUCCACGAGAACUUUACGAGCUUUAUCUACGAGCCGGGCAGGGCGCAUGGCGCGAAGCGCACAGAUCCUAUCUACAAGGAGGCCGGGGAUGUGUUGUCCACCGCCCUGGCCCUGCGGCGAAACAACGACAACGGCAAAGGCAUCAAGCGGAGUGGCUGGUGGUGCUUCAGCUGGCGAGCCUCCGCCACUGGAGCGUAUGGCAAGAAGUUCCCGAAGCCGGAAUCCGUUUGGGGCGUGGUCGCGGGCUUCAAGAUGAUCACGGGCUCCACGGCCAGCUUGACCUAUCUGAUGAGCGGCAAGAAGCCCACCGUGGACCUGAAGACCUCCGUGGGUCUCACCAUCGGCUACGUGCCGCAGCUCUCCAGCGUGGCGGGCGUGCGCGCGGGGGUCUCGGUGGGGGGCACCGUGGCCCUGGGCGCCGACAGCUUCAAGAUGAGCAUCUCUCUUGGCCUUGGCAUGAGUGCUGCCACCGGCCUGGUGCAUCACUCCUUCUGCGGCGGCCCGCAAAGCAUCCCCACGCCCAUCGGAGACAUCAAAUGUGGGGGGUCAGUGGCGGCAUCCUUCACCCUCUUUUGCAAGUCCUUUGACUUCCUGAGCGGGGACAACAGCGCCUCCAUGGACGACCCCUGUGCCACUGGCAGCAAGGUCCAUGUGCAAAACCACCGCCGCCGCCGCAGAUGGCACUACGACAUGCCCGGCCAAAGCCGCACCGUGGAGGCCAAGGCGGAGUACUGCCGGGAGCGCUGCAACAAAGUGAGCGGCUGCGCGCACUACUCCUACUGGAAAAACGGGGGGUGCCACCUUCAGAAUUGGGACUCCCACACCGAGAAGAAGAAUGAUGCCAAGACGGGCUCGCCCAUUUGCUGCGCCAUGGGUCAGACGCGCUUUGAGUAUGAGGGCGGACAUCGCAGGAGGAGAAACCUUGACAUGCCUGGGCGAGAACGGAGCACAGAGGAUGUCAUGGAGAAGUGCCAGCAGCGCUGCCAGAGGGUGAAUGGAUGUCAUCAUUUCACCUACUGGACGAAUGGGGGUUGCCACCUGAGUGGCGCCGGGGCGGUGGCCAAGCCGGACAGCAGCCGCCGAAGGCCCACCGUUGCAGGAAAGCCACAUUGCGACGAGUCGUAG